AUGGCUAUUCCUUUCACAGCGAAGGCUCAUUUUGAACUAUGUUUAAGUGAACAAAGAUACUAUAUUAACGCCAGGUCUCAUUGUCGUCUUGCUAAGCUGUAUGAAGACUUUGAUCAGCAAAAAUCCGAUGUAAGUCUUACCUUUUACUUAUGUAGCAAUGGCCAGGGUCAUCCGGUUGAAAAAUUAAGCCCUUAUCUAGUACCACUGAUGAAAGUUCCGAGAGUGUUUAUUGGGAUAAGAAUUAAAGGCCGUCUUUCUGAAGAAAUGUGGAGGCUGCUUAAAAAACUAGUUCUUGACGCUUUAGGAAAGGGGACAGCUGAGAGAGCAGUCUUUUCUGAACUAUCAUUUGAUUCCUUUGACCAAAUUAUUACCGGAUUGUCGAUGCAUUUUAGCGAUGAUGUUUUUUUCAUGACUCAGCUUCAGUUAUUUAUUCUGGAUACCAGCAGUGAAGAAAAGUAUUCUAAGAUAACGAAUCGCGCCCUUAAUUUCCUAAUUGACAAGGCUACAACGGAAACUGACUUGGAAGAUGGAGUAAGCGUAUUCCACGUACUUAUAGCUGCGUUUCUUGCUCCUCAUUUGUUAGAACAGAGGGUUAAUUCUUUUCGGAUGGAACAAAUGAUUACUGUCUUCACUUACGCUCUUCAAGUAGCCGUUUCUUGGCCUUACACUUAUCAGAAAUGGUCUCAAAAAGUCAAAGAUUACCUACCCCACUGUGAUUCAGUUUUGGCGGACUUUUCUGAGCGUCGUUGGGAUAUUUUAUGGGAUCUUGCUACAAAGUUUGUUAGUACAUUCAAUCAAGGGACGUUGCCGAACACACAAACAAACCCGAGUAGUUGUGAUGGUUUAACCAAAACUAUCGAAUGCAUUGAUUCCUUAAAACAAGAAUCCAAGGAACUUCUUCGCCUUCUGUGCGUUUGGCGUGCUUACAGUGUUUGGAGGGAACAUGUUUCUGAUGAUGAGAUGCUUGUGUGGUUACCAGACAAUAAAUGGGAUGGUGAUGUUGAUAAAAUCAUCGAUGAAUUUACCGAUGGAAGUCAUGAGAAAUUGAGUCCGCCAAAUAAGAGAUCGCGGAAUUCCAGAGAAAGAAGAGUUACGCUAACUGCUUCUUGUGCUGAAAUUCACCUUGUCCCGUCGUGUACAUUGUUGGAUGAUGCAUACAAGCUAUGUACUGCGGCAGUUGGGGACCUCGUAUCGUCUAACGACUUUGUUGAGUCUGCAAAUGAUUAUUUAAAAUUUGUAAAAUAUUAUCCCAACGUCCACAAGUUUAUCAGCGAGUCUCUUAUUUUUAAACUCAAAUCGAACGAAGCAGUUGUUCAUCUGAAUGAGCGUUUGUCUGAACUGCCGGAUGGAGUGGAUGAUAUGGCUAUUAACAUUCAUCUUUUGUGUGCUAAUACUUUGGAGAGGAACUUUGCGGACGCAUAUAGUGUUUUAGUCUCAUUACUCCCACAAAGUUCUGAUUGGAGCGAACGGGAAGAUGUAUUUGAAAACCAGGAUAUUAAUCUUUUACAUAUGUCUUCGCAGGUUUAUACGUCAACAACACUGAAUCAUGAAAAUGACGAGUUGUUAGGUUCCUUGCUUAUUCUGUCGCAAAUCAAUUUUUAUGUUCAAGGAUAUCGCUUCUUCAAUAGAAUAAUGCGUCAUAUUGAAGCGAAAGGCUCUUUAAAUUACCCUGGGCUUGGUAAGUACAUAUCUAAUAUCACGAUUCUUGAAGAGCUUGCUAGGAUACAAGACUUCUGCUCUGAAUAUGUUUCAAUACAAAUUGCGGCACCUCAGGUUCAUAGAAGGAUUGGACAGUCAACGCGGCAUAGUGUUCGAGGGACGAGAGACGGACAAAAACAUUGUUUGGAAGAACAAAUUCGGAAAGAAGGUGAAGCCCCUCUGCAAACAGUAGUAGCUUAUUUCACUGACAACCGAGACAAUUUGCUGCAAAUACUGAAAAAGUGA